CUUUAUAGUUCUCAACCUCUUACGACUGGGAGCAGUACAAGCACAACCCUCUUCUCCAUUCAACUGAGGCUCCUGUACGGUUAUAAUCUCUAUUUCUGUCCCAACCAGACUCUCCUUCUUCUUCUGAGAUUUUACCCAAAUGGGAAAAUGGAACAAUCGUCUGCCUGGUAGAGUCUUCCGUCAACAAAAUCCAUGGAGGCCACCGCAUGUCGCAUACGAUACAGAACCUGUCCCUGAUAAUGUGCCUGCAUGGGAAAAGAGAUUCUGCCAUAAGAUUGGAUCAGUACCAUGGCGAAAGAUAGUAAACACCAAGGAAUUCAUGUCCUACUAUAGUAAUGUUGUCAAUUGGGAUGAUUCUGCUGUGGAAGAGGCAUUUCACAAUGCAAAGAAACGAUUUUGGGCACAUAUUAAUGGCUUUAGUUGUGAUAUACCACUGCCUGACCCAGAUAGUUUCAUUGACGAAAUAGAUUGGAACCCUGUUAUUGAUUCUGAACUGAUGAACGAAUUGGAUCGAGCGUAUUUUGCUCCUGAUGACGAGAGACAAGGGAAUGAAAAUCUGUGUAAGAAAGACAAGAAUAGUAGAAGCUCAACUUCUGCUCCUGAUGGGAAUGUAAAUCCUUGGGAAUGUUACAAUGCCGAGACUAGUGGAAUAACGGUCAGCAAAGAAGAUGGCUGGAACAAGUGGAAUAAUAAUGCAAGUGUCCCAAUGAAUAUAGACAGUAAUGAAAAUUCUUGGCAAUCCAACAUUACUCAGGGCGAGAGAGAUACAAAGGACAAUGUGUGGGGAGGUCAAGCGAAGAAAUCAUGCGAACAGGACUUGAUGGGAAGCCAGAGUUGGGAUAAAAGUCAUUCUACUAAAACGAAUUGGGACGGCAAUGAAAAUCCCUGGGACCCUGGCAAUCUUGUGUCUGCAAAUUCCAGGAAGGAUGAGGGAUGGGGUUCUUGGAACAAGGCUUGGGGCUUGAAUAAACACGAGUCAAAUAAGAUAGAAAAUGUUGAUGAUCCUUGGGUUUGUAGUUCUAGCCAACAUCAAUGGCAAGACAUUGGGCGAGAAGCCAGGGGCAGGAAACAUUGGAACCCUUAUAGUACCCAGAACAGAGGUUUUGGAAUUAGAAGAAAUGGCGGUAACCGAGAAGUGUGGAAUGAGGAUUCCCAGAAUAGGGGUGGUUCUUAUCACAAUACAUCUGGCUACAUAAACUCAAGGUUUAGAGGAGAUGAAACUCAAACAAGUUGGAGGGGAAACAAUAAAAGAAGGGUCGAUUUCACAUGUAGUCCAUGAAGGAGAACAAGCAUACAUUAUUGUUUUUUCAAAAUAUUCUGAAAUUCUAACUGAUAAUUAUGCAUUGCUUGAAGCUGUGUUAUAAAUGGAGCAGUGUUAUCUAUGCUCUCUCCUCUCUUUAGUGAAGCACCAAAUCAUUUGUGUUUUUUUAUUAGAAAGGAAAUGAGCAGACAGUGUAGCUUUUAUUUCA